CUCGUAAGCCAGUCAGACCGACGAAGGUGUGCGUGGCGCACUGGAUGAUAUCGCCGUGCAAUAUAUAAAGUGCGUUCGCGUUCGAAGCGAUCAUUACGCGUCCGUCGUCCUGCCAGCAGUGUUUCGCGCCGAAUAAUUCUGCCAAACAGGAUUUUUCGCUAUUUUCAAUUGUGUUUUAUAACUAGAAACAAAUGAAAACGUCGCGCAAAAGGAAAAAGUGACACUCUUCCUCGUCAACCACACGCGCGUUCAAUAAAAGAAUUUUAAUCAUUUAUAACACCAGCCUGUCAGCCUAUCGUGCGUGUUUAUUUGUUUGCUAACGUUCGUAUCGGUAAUCGGCUGUUUACAUAACAAUUAUAAUUAGUAGCCGUCGUCGCCGCGGUGCUGACAAAGAGAGAAAGACCUAAUUGCUUUCGUGCAUAUUGUGUGCAUUCUUCGUGUUGAGUUCGAUAGUUUUUUUGUUGUUCGGUUGGGCGCAAUGGAAAAGAUAAACGGCGAUACGCGCGAGAACGGUGUCGGAAGUAAUAAAAUCUGUGCGAAACCACCGGCGAUACUGCCGAGACGCUGGUCGGAAACUUUGGACGACAUUGAAAUUCCCGGAACGCCGAAAACACCCAGAUCUUGUAAAACACCAGGUCAUGAAAAGUGCACAUUCCACCAUGAUUUGGAACUCGACCAUCGACCGCCAACCAGGGAGGCCAUGUUACCGGAAAUGUCGCGAUCGUACAAGCUGUUGUUGAGUUCUUUGGGUGAAAACCCAGAGCGACAAGGUUUAUUAAAGACGCCGGAAAGAGCUGCCAAAGCAAUGCUCUUUUUCACCAAAGGAUACGAUCAGAGUCUAGAAGAAGUAUUGAACGACGCUAUUUUUGACGAGGAGCACGACGAAAUGGUAGUUGUGAAGGACAUCGAAAUGUUUAGCAUGUGCGAGCAUCAUCUGGUUCCUUUUUAUGGAAAAGUAUCCAUUGGGUAUUUACCGUCCGGUAAAAUCUUGGGAUUGAGCAAGCUUGCGCGCAUUGUCGAAAUUUAUUCGCGUCGAUUGCAAGUUCAGGAACGGCUUACCAAGCAAAUUGCUGUUGCUGUUACCAAGGCUGUUCAACCAACAGGGGUGGCUGUAGUUGUCGAAGGAGUACAUAUGUGCAUGGUGAUGAGAGGAGUACAAAAAAUUAACAGUAAGACAGUCACAUCGACAAUGCUGGGCGUGUUCAGGGAUGACCCCAAGACAAGAGAAGAGUUUCUAAAUUUAGUUCAAUCAAAGUAAUUUAAAAUAUGUUUUAAAUUAUUAUUAUGUUAAAUGAUUAAUUUGUUCAGUUUCGACGAUUAUGCAUUUGUGUUUGUAAAUUAUUAUUAAGUUUUUAGAUGAAUACGGUUUUCUCUGAAAUGCGCUAGGUUAUUAUUUCAACACCAGCAUGAGUAUCAAUGGCACACAACUUAAAUAUAUUUAUGUUAUGUUAUAAUGGCGCGUGAUGAAUAUUAUCUAGUAAAUGAAUAUUGACCCGAGACACCAAUUUAUUGCGAACGAUGAGUAUAAUUUAAAUGAUGUAAGAUAAUUAAACUCACGGAGUGAAUCGACAUGUUGUUUUUACUAUUGGAGAGUGUUUUAUUUGUCGAUACGAGCGGGUGGACCUCCCACGAAAUUUGUUUGCAUUAUGUAUGUUUUCCUAAAAAAACACUUCGUCUAAAUAGAACUUAUCAAUAACUACUUGUAACCCAAGUAAAUGGGAACAAUUUUAUGAGAUUUUGAAAAUAUAUAUAUAAAUGUCUAUUGUAUAUAGAAGCUUAUAUAAAUGUUAAUAUUGUGCUUUCAUAGGUAUAACGAGCAUUUAUACAAAAAUGAAACUGCGGACCACAUAUUAUCGAUGAUGAUCAAUGAUGAUUCUGUCGAGUAAUAAUUUUUAAAUGCUAUACAUAUAUAUUAACGAAAGUUGUUAAUUCUAUAAAAUUUAUACAGCCGUUAUAUUUUCAUAAGUCUAACGUUUUAGGGAUGAAGACGUUAGUGGUAUCGCAAAACUGUGAUAAAAUAAAAAUAUGUUUAAUAGUUUUAUCCUAAGUUUGCUAAAUCAGGGUAAAUCGAUAUUAAAUAUAUUUGCUUAAGAUUGACAAUCCAUCACGUACUUUUAAGAGAAUGUUAAAUUAUGUGUUAUAUAUAAAUAUAUCUUGCAAGUUCAA